CGCUCUAGCCACGCCCUCCCUUCCAGGUGAACUGUUAACGGAGCGCCGCUUACCUAUGAAACAAACGAAAACACUUUCAAAUCCUUCCACACUCUUCCUUUAGGCGGCUGGUUUUUCAGAAAAGCAGUUAACCUGUCCCGAGCGACCGAGGCUAGGCGCGUGAAGAUGGAGGCAGCGCCGGGCGGUCUCGGGCGCUGUUCUUGCGCGUUCUGGCUCGCGGUGGCUUUCGACGCGCUCGGGCUCAUCAUAUUAUUGCUCGGCGUGUUCGGGGACUUAUUUUUCUACGAUUUCUUGAUAUAUGCGGGAGCCAUCAUCAUUUUUCUGAGUCUGAUUUGGUGGGUCUUCUGGUACACGGGUAAUAUCAAGGUGCCCCCCGAGGAGCUAGAGGACGAUGUGGGUUUGCUGAAGAAGGGCAGAGGUUUGGCCGGGGUCGUGAGGAGGUUCUCCAGCCGCCUCUCGAGCGGAAUCAGAAACUCUCUCAGGAGAAGUGGGGGGCCCCGAGUUUGGAGACAUGGCAGUCAAGCACCAGCGGCUUUUGUGAUGGGCUCUCAGGAUAAAGUGAACACUGUGUCUGCGACAGUGAGCGGAGGAGACACCCUCAGAGCAGAAACACAGGCCAUUUGAAUCAUCACUUACAGGUCACAGAAGAGGAUAUUCGACAAUAUGGCAUUGCCUCAACUUACUUUUGUUUUUCUCUACUGUUGGAAUUUUUUUUUUUUUUUUUGAAAAUGUUUACAAUUUAAUUAGAUUUUGUACAUGUUGUUGAUUUGAUUGAUCUUGUGUUUUGUGCUUUGUACUAUACACUAUUUUGAGAUUAUGCACUAACAAGAAUGGCUAUAUGACAAAAUAAAAAACAAUUAUGU